AUGAGGGAAAAUUCCUGUGAAACUGUGAUCCCUUCCUCUGAAGGCCUCCUUAACAGCUGUCCAGCCGGCGGCGUCCACAACAGCCUUCCAGACAGUUCCAGUCCCUUUCGAAGCCCUAGGCUGCCCCUCCGGAGGCUCCCAGAGUCAGGCCUUCUGCUGGGCCCCGGGUCUCUCACUGGCAUAAUGGAGUUCUCCGAGAUGACGCUGUGUGUCCCUGGCCACCACCUGCUGCUGGGGGUGGGGGGUGUCGUCUCGGGACCUGUGGCUGCUGUUGCAAACUCUUGCCCCUCUCCUGGGAGGGGACAACGAGUCCCAGAGAGGGCCAGCAAGUUUCGUUGUCCCAAGAGAGGGGCUACCCGUUUCCCGGAUUGGGCGUUACGCAGUAGGGCACCAUCACCCUGCGUUAUGCAGGAGGGCACCAUCCUCCCCUUAGCGAGGGACACUAAGCCUGGGCCCGUCCCUCCCAGGGUUGCGUGUGACUCUGGCACCAUCACCCUACGCUGUAAGGACCUGCGGGUGCUGCAGCUGGAAAUAGAGGACGGGGAAGCGACGCUGGACAUCGCCCGCUCCAUCGAGGUGCUGUCUUCCCUGGAAUUGCCCAUCACCUCCUGCCCGUUCUACCAUCCCAAAGGCCUGAGAUUGAACGACUCCUGGCACUUCCUCUCGCCCGAACGCUACAAGCUAGUAGCUCUUGAGGUGAACGCGGUCGUGGAGGCCCGGGGAGGUGGAAGCUGGGCCCGAAAGAGGCGCGGGAAGAGCACUCCUUGGGUGCCCUAGACCUGGCCUCUCUCCUCCCUGCUCCGCAGACCGACGCGUGACGGCUGAGCAAGGUGAACGAGGACUUCAGCUCUGCCCCAGUUACCCCGUGCCGUGAUUGUCCCACGCUUGGUGGACAAUGAUGACCUGACGCACAGCGCCCGCUUCCGCCAAGGAGGCCGCUUCCCGGUGCUCAGCUACCACCACGCUCCCAGCGGAACCUUGAGUGUGCCCUCCCCACGCUCCGCCCCUGGGUGGCUCUUUUCUGGAUCUUUUCUUUUUGGCCAGGCCAAUUCGCUGCCUGGCCUCGCCCCGACUCCUGGCCCAUUCUGGCCCCGCCCCUCUCCCGCCUUUUCGGAGGGAGGGGGUAUCACCUUUCUUGGGCCCCGCCCCUGGCGGUUCUGGGCCCUGUGCGAAGCCCGGUGCCUUCUUUGUCAAGCCAGGACCCGCCCACGGUCUAUUCAUAGGGUCCCAAUCCACUCUGGCCACAACACCCCCAGACUGGUCUGAAGCCUCGUGAGUUCUGGCCUGGUUGCUGGGCUCCAGCCUGUCGGUAUGCAGACCAGGCCUAGGGGACCCCCUGAGGCAUGGGGGGCCACUUCCAGAGCUGAAUCCCAUCCGCAGGUUCUUCUAUGCUCCAACCAGCCUCUGACCGGUCCCCAGAAGCUGCCCAGCGAGGAGGACCAGGAGCUGCUGCGAGCUAUGCUAGCCGGGCUUGCCCUAGUUCGCGGGGCUUCAUCGUGGACACGCGCUCAGCCCAGGCCUCAAAACAGGCUCGCGUAACUGGCGGAGGCACUUAGGCCAAGGCCGCUUACCCUGCAGGAAAGGGUUGCACCGGCCCCCUGGAGAGCACUGAGCCCAGGGGCUGCCAUGGUGGCCAGCGCAGACAUGACCAAGACCAGCGGAGAACGGUCGGUCAAGAUCCCCUGAGAUGAGCAGCAGCACACAGGAGGUGCCCUUCUCUUACUAAGGCGACUUCAG